AUGGUAUUGACACAACAGAGAAGACAACCUGCCUCGGACGACCAGUUUCCAACCACUCAGCUAUUUCUUCUAGCAAUAUGCCGUGUUGCGGAGCCUAUUGCCUUGACUUCUAUCUUCCCAUACUCAUGGGUGAUGGUCAAGGACUUCAAUGUGGCUAAUGGAUCCGAUGCUUCCUUCUUUGCUGGUAUACUUGUAUCGGCCUUCUCACUUGCCGAAGCGCUCACCGGUAUGUUUUGGGGAAGCCUCUCUGAUCGUGUCGGUCGCAAACCUGUUCUGCUUUCCGGUUGCCUCGGAACUAUGGCGUCCCUCCUCAUCGUCGGCUUCGCGUCGAAUUUUUGGGUAGCUCUCUUUGGUCGGGCCCUCGGAGGCAUCUUAAACGGAAACAUCGGUGUCAUUCAGACAAUGGUCGGUGAACUAGUCAAAAGACCUGAGCAUGAACCUCGAGCUUAUGCUGUGAUGCCAUUUGUUUGGUCAAUUGGCACAAUUAUUGGGCCAGCUAUUGGAGGGUUACUAGCAAAGCCUGCUGAAGGUUUCCCUUCCUUGUUUUACCGCGAUGGCCUCUUUGGCAGAUUCCCUUAUCUCCUACCAAACCUUGUUUGUUCUGUCUUACUCCUUCUCAGUAUCAUCUUCAGUUGGCUCUUCCUGCAAGAGACUCAUCCCGAUAUGCAGUCUUCGAAGGUUACCGAAAAUCUCGACAACAGAUCCGCAGAACGCCCUCUUCUAGCGACUGCUGGGGCAACUGCCAAUGCAGGGGCGGACCUACGAGCCGAAUCAUACGGGACUUUCAACCAGGUUCACCUGUAUGACGACGAGGAUUGGAUGGUGCGUUCAGAUGGUUCAAGGCCCGAGAAAAGUCCCCAAAGACAAAUUAUCUUCACGAAACGAGUCAUAAUGCUCAUCGUUGCGUUGGCGAUCUUCACUUACCACUCCAUGACUUAUGACCAUUUAUUGCCUAUUUUUCUGCAGGACAAGAAUUUCCGGGACAUCCCUAUUAUUGGAAACUCGAUAUUGAAGUUCCCUGGUGGUGUUGGUCUCUCAACCAGAACAGUCGGCCUAAUCAUGUCUACCGACGGCGUCAUUGCACUCGUCAUUCAAAGCGUUAUUUUCCCUGCUUUGUCACAUUAUUUGGGAGUGUGGAGACUUUUCGUGAUUGUGACCAUCCUUCAUCCGGCGGCUUAUUUCAUGGCUCCAUUCCUUAUUUUUCUCCCUCGCAGCGUGUUGUUCUUCGGCAUCUACGGAUGUUUAGUCGUUCGCAAUAUCCUUGCAAUCAUUGAUUACCCCGUCUUGUUGAUCCUUAUUAAGCAAGCUAGCCCUUCCGACUCGGUCUUAGGAAAGAUCAAUGGCCUUGCUGCUUCCGCCGGAGCUGCUUCUCGCACUAUCGCUCCACCUAUCGCCGGUUAUUUAUACAGCACCGGUGCUGAACUUGAUUGUACUGCACUUGCAUGGUGGGGAAGCACUCUGGUCGCAAUCGUCGGUGCCGUGCAGCUGUGGUUCAUGGAGCGAAAGAAACACUCGUCUGCUAAAAUCCAGCCAGCUGCUCCCUGCCACUAUCUGCCAAAUGAGACCCACUCUCGGAGAGACACCGUCCAUAUCAUAGUUACAGGUACUGAUGUAAGCACGCCGGAUAUCUAA